AUGGCCACUGUGGCACUGACAUCUUGUGCAGCUCCCGGGCCAGGGGAGGACCGAGCUGAGGACCGGAACCCCCACCCCCACCGCCCCACAAAGCGGAGGCAGCAGGACACAGCCUACAGUAGGCAGAGACCCAAGGCUCUGGCGGAGUCCCAGCCCGGGGGGAAAGCACAGACACACUCCCGGAUCGCGCCCAGCUCGGCUCGCCAGCAACUUGGCCGGCGCGCAGCGCGGUCGCCGCGGUCCCCCGUUACUCCAGGGUGCGCUUGUCCGGGAAACUCAGCCCUCGCGAGUCUUCCCCGGCCCCUUUCCUCAGUCCCCGGCAAACUGGCAAGCGGGCGCGUCUGGGCCGAGGGGGGCCGGCCGCGAGCAGACCCGCGCCUCCCCGCGGCAGGUUCUCUUCUUCCGCUCCGGCCUCCUCUCUCCCUCGCUUUCUCCUCCCACUCCGACUCUCUCCUGCCCUUCUUUUUCCCGUUCCCCUCUGCUUGCCGGGAUCGGAAUUCUGCCCCGACCUGCUUGUCCCGGGAGCCGCGGCGGCUCCCUGCCGGAGCUUCCAGGACCGCGGGACCUGCGGGGCCAUCUUUAUCUACGAGAGAUAGAAAUCCUCACACAUUUUAUGAAGACGAGCGUGUGUCCUUGAGGCAUGAUGUAAGAGAGUUGGAGGGUGGGGUUGCUGAUGAAUCUCUGAACAAGGUUAUGGCUUUGCUUUCUUGCCUCAGUUACUGUGUUCCUCCUGGAUAUGGACCGACUAGAAGGCAGUUGACUGGUAGUUGAGCUGGCCAUGUAUACAUCAGUUGCCUACAUGGUAGCUCAGGUGACAGGGAGGGGGUACACUUGCAGUGGGGAAGUACCAAGCUGUAUCAUGUAUGGCAAGAGUGUGGUUUGUCUCACAUGGGUUUGUAUGCUCCAAGUUUGGCUCCUAGCGGGGUGAUGCUGAGAAGUAGUUGGACCUUUAAAAUUUUAAGGCAUAGUAGAAGGUGGUUGUUAGGGCUUAUAUCUAAAUGUACCGCCCCCAAAGGCUCAUAGGUGGGGUUUGGAGAAAUGGUUGGAUCAUGCGGGUGUGAUACUUAUCAGGGGAUUAGUCUACUGGUGAGUUCAUAGUGAAAGGUGAUUAGGAAGAUGAAGUCUGGUUGGAGGAUGCAGGUUGCUGGAGCUGUAGCCUGGAAGAAUAUACCAGCCUCACACUUCCCUUGAUCUCUCCGUUUUGCAGCCUUGCCAUGAGCAAGGCUCAUCUUCCAUGCCCCUCUGCCACGCCACCCUGUUUGGAGCCAGCCAACUGUGGGCUGAAACCUCUACAAACUGUG